AUGCCAAAUGCUGACAAAAUUGGGUACUUCAACAAACACUACCAGCACCCCAUGUUCCUAGUGUAUGCUAAGGAGGUGUCAGUUACUCAGGAGAUAAGGGAUCAGGCACCCUCCAAUCACUACCUCACAUUCUUCCUGAAUUCCUCAAGCUGGAUUCCUACCAAGAUAGCUACUGUCACCUGCCUUGUUGUCCGGGAGAACACCCCAGACCGGGGCCGGAUAACCCCCAGGGCAGUGGAGUGGCUGCUCUGGACACACGUCCCCGUGGGUCUUGAGCAAUUGACUAUGCAGAGUCACAUGGCUCAUGGUGGAUCAGACCACGAUGCAGAAAUCAAUGGACCAAUGGAGAAGGGACUAAGAACGAUGACCGGAGACCAUUGGACAACAAGGGAUGCCAACCUCAUGCUCAACCACCAUUGGGUUCACAAAGACUUCCAGCACUUCCUGGCCCUGCUGUUUGCCAUGGAUGAGAUCAACAAGGAUCCCAGCCUUUUACCCAAUAUAUCACUGGGCUUCCAUGUCCAUGAAAUCUACCACAAUGCUGAAAGAGCCAUGGAGGGUGCCUUUAUGGGGAUGUCAGGAGGAGGACAGACCAUCCCUAACUACAGCUGUGGGAAGCAGGAAAAAAGACUGUGGCUGUCAUUGGAGGAGCCACGUCUACCCUGUCCAUCUCCAUGGCGAACAUCUUGGGGCUCUACAAGUCCCCACAGGAUCACCUAUGGCCCAUUUGACCCAAUCCUUCAUGACAAGGUACAGUUUCCAUCUCUCUAUCAGGUGGCCCCCAAGUUCUCCUCUCUUCCCUGGGGGAUGGUCCGGUUAAUGGUGCAUUUCGGCUGGACCUGGGUGGGGUUGGUGGUGUCAGAUGAUAUGAAAGGAGAGAGAUUCCUCUUGGAUCUGACCAGGGAGAUGGUCAGGAACAGUGUCUGUGCAGCUUUUACCAAGAAGAUCCCUAGUGGAAAGUUCAACUUUUAUACAGCCCAGGAAAUCUACUCCAGUGUCAUGGCUACAUCAGCUGCAGUGAUGGCUGCCUAUGGGGAUGCAGAGUACCUGAACCUUCUGAGAUUUGUGAUAAAGAGUUUUGGACUAUCCAAGAUGGUUUUGAUCAGCACCUUUCACUGGGACUUCACUUUGAGCAUGACCUAUGAAACAAAUAGCUAUGAUUUUCAUGGGACUUUGACUCUGGCCAACCAUGCUAAAGAGAUUCUGGGUUUCAGAGAUUUUUUGCAGACAGUUAAACCAGCAAAAUAUCCAGAAGCCAUUAUCUUGAAGAAAUUCUGGGAGUCUGCCUUUGACUGUUCUUUUUCACUGCCUGAAAUGAAUGGAAGAAAAUGUUCAGAAAAUGCUUCCUUGGAGAUGCUGCCUGUGCAUAUUUUUUCUCUGACAAUGUCUGCCCUGAGUUACAGUGUGUACAACGCUGUGUAUGCCGUGGCCCAUGGGCUCCAGAACUUGCUCCUAUCCAACUCAAACCUGAAAUCUCUGGAAAAUGGGGACUGCCUGGUGCCUCAUCCUUGGCAGCUCCAUGAGUUUCUGAGCAAAGUCCAGUUUGACAACCCUGUGGGGGAACCAGUGUUUCUGGAUGAAAACCACAGAUCUACUGCAAAAUUUGAGAUUCUGAACUUUGCGAUCUCUCCCAAUGGAACUUGUGCGUUGGUGAAAGUCGGGGAGAUGGACCCCCAGGCACCUCCUGACCAAGAUGUUUUCAUCAAUGAAGCAAUAAUCAUGUGGCCCGGGGGAUUCUCUCAGGCUCCACAGUCACGGUGCAGCAGGAGCUGUGGACCCGGAUUCAGAAAACACGCCCAGCAAGGGGAGGCUGUCUGCUGCUAUUUUUGUGUCCAGUGCCCAGAGGGGGAGAUUUCCAACCAGACAGAUGCAGAGCAGUGUGUGAAGUGUCAUGAAGAUCAGUAUUCAAAUAUGGAGAGAGAUGGCUGCCUCCACAAAGCAGUGACUUUCUUGUCCCACAAGGAACCUUUGGGACUGAUCCUGGUCUGCAUGUCUCUCUCCUUCUCUCUCCUCACAGCUCUGGUUUUCGGGAUCUUCAUUAAGCACCGAGAUACCCCCAAUAGUCCGAGCUAAUAAUAGAAGUCUCAGCUACACCCUC